AGUCUUCUAAACAACACUAAUUAAUGGUUGAAUGGAAAAAAAAAAGUCUAAAAAGUAGUUAAAUUUCCAAAAAUCUUCUAGGAUUAAUUCCUUUAAGUGUGAUAAAAAUUAGGUAGGUCCAUAAAUUCUUUGUCUCUAACUUCCUAUUCCAUUCAAUCUCUCUUUUCUUUUUCUCUUCUUUCAUUCUCUCUCCUCCCUCCUCUUCCAUUCAUCUUACACUAAGCUGUUUAUUGCUCUUUUUUGUUUUCAAUUUUGGAAUUCUUUUCCCUUUGAAUCUCCUAUUAAUUGUUUGAUUUUUCUGGGUUUUGUGUUUUUGGGUAAGUAACUGUUAAUCAUCCAAUGUCUGAUAAUCCGAACAAUCAAAGCAAUGCGGAGACAGUUUUGCACAAUGAACCAAUUGAUAAAAUUGAAGAAGGGAUUUGUAAGAUAGAAAUAGGACCAGGAGAAUCAAGAGAAUUCCCAGAUCGUCCAGGAGAACCAGAUUGCUUGUAUUAUUUAAGGACUGGUUUGUGUGGUUAUGGCACUAAUUGUCGUUUCAAUCAUCCUAAUAUUCUUCCUUCUAAGAGUGAUGAAUUUACAAGUGAGCUUCCUCAGAGAGAAGGACAAACUGAAUGUGGGUAUUAUUUGAAAACAGGAACUUGCAAAUAUGGCUCUUCAUGUAAAUAUCAUCACCCCCUAGACAGGCGUGGUACUGCACAGGUUUCUUUGAAUACUCUAGGUCUUCCUAUCCACCAGGAUGAGAAGCCUUGUGCACAUUAUAUGCGUACUUAUGCCUGCAAGUUCGGACCAUCAUGCAAGUUUGAUCAUCCCCAAUCUGCACUACCUAAGACCGCUUUACCUGUACCGGGAAAUUUGCCUAUAAGGAAAAUGGGGUCGACUAUGCCUUCAACUGGCAUUCCUUAUGUUGGCACUCUUCCAGCAUGGUCACUGCCAAGUUCAUCAUAUGUAGCAACUUCUCACGUCUCUGGUCCACAUACAUAUUUGCCUGUUGUCUUUCCUUCGUUGCAAACUCCCCUUACUGCUCAAUGUUGGAACGGUUACAUGGAAAACUCGAGUUCCAUAUCUGCGUCUCAAAAUUUUAUUUAUAACCCUCAGAGUCAAGCUAAACUUGAUACAGGUGCACCACAGGCCAUCACAGAUCUUCCUGAUAGACCUAACCAGCCAGAAUGCAGGUAUUUCAUGACCAAUGGAAGCUGUAAAUUUGGCUCAACUUGUAAAUUUCAUCAUCCAAAACAAAGGAUCGCUUAUAAUUUAGGGCCCCAUGGACUCCCCUUUAGACCGGGAGACGAACUAUGUAUCGGUUAUAGCUCGUAUGGCAUUUGCAAAUAUGGUCCAACAUGCAAAUUUGAUCACCCACUGUAUUAUUAUGGAAUGCCAUCCAUACCAAUGGUGGAUCUAUCUUUGUUUACUGGAGUGACAAACGUGGUUAUCCCCCAACCAACACACGUUUCUAAUAUAAAAUCAUCAACAAUAACUGAUUGGACUCAGAAAGUUGAUACUGUUCCAAAUAAGAAACGUCUGAGUGCUUCGAGUAAAACAGUGGAUCAGUCCGAGUAACUUAUUCUCUCGGUGCCACACUUGUUCUUCGAUGCUCAUCGGAAAAGGGAUCAUUUUUUAGGCUUGUCCUUCUUGCUUUGGUUCAUUUAGGCUACAUUAUUCUGCAAAAUGUAUUAUGCAUUUGUCUCCCCGAUCUCCAUGACUUAUGCCUAUUUCUUAGCCUGUAGUCUUAUAGAAUUGUCAUCAUCUAAACCGGUGGAUUAUUGUUUGUUUGUUUGUUUUUUUAAUUUUUGUAAAUUAUGGGAUAAAGAUGAAAUUUUGCAAUGAACUGAAUGUAUCAUGUAGAUAUAGUUGCAUUUCAAGCAUGAUAAAUAUGGGAAACCCCUUUCAAUAUUGUUUGUUAGAUAUAGUUUUAUAUGUGAUUUUUUAUUGAAACAAAUAAGAUACAGAAUAAAAUGAUAAACAAGUAAUUGUUAUUGAGGUUUAGCUAUAAAUAGUUUAAUUUCUUGUAAUCCAUAAGAUUCAAAACCUCUUUAUUAAUCUCUUGAAUUCCUAGAUCUUACCCUCACCUACUCACACUGAUUCUUUCCCUAUAGAACAAUAUACAAAUUCCCAUAUAGAAGACAAAACCCAA